AUGGUACAAGAAUCAAGAUAUCUUAAAAUCAUUUUUUCUAAAUUUUCUCUUUUUCUCCUUAUCAUUGUUGGUGGGAUAACAGGUACUAUUAUUUGUAUUCUAACAAAAGAAUAUGAUAGGAGUAGGGCUAUCUGCCUUAUCAAUGAUUUGUUACCACCUGCUUUGGAUUAUCAUAGACUUGCUAUGCCAAUUGCAUUGUUAUGCCGAUCUAUUGAAUUUUCUUUGAUAAUUAAUUUUUUACAACUUUUUUUUUCAAUUGUUGCUAUUUAUGCAUCUUUAAAAGGAAAAAAAAUACUUUUUAUUAUAGUAUAUAAUUUUAUUUUUGUCUUCAUUACCUUUGGUGCUAUUUUUUUGGGCCUUUUAUUUAUUAUCGUUGUCAAGAAACUUGUCCUCAAGUCAACUUUUACACUUUUUUUAGUGUUAUAUUAUAGUGAUGAUGAAUUUUGUUUUGUUAUUGAACCAAUUCUUCAAUGUAAACAAUAUAACAUAGAAUUAUUAGAAGGAAAUCAUGUUAAUUUUACAACAGGACAUUCCAAUGAUGAUAUAAUUGAAACAAAAUGUGGUUCUAGAAGUGCUAAUAUUUCAACAGAUUCUAAUGAUUGUAUAGAGUAUUUAGCAAAUGUAACAUUAUACAAUACAUGGAUACUACACCUUUCAAUAUUGUAUAUUCUUUUUUUAAUAAUUAUAAUUAUUCAAGUAUUAAGAUUCACAUCAUGUAAGAGUAAUAAUGAAAUAUUUAGGAGUAUAAUUAGUACUACUAGGGAUCCACCACAAGAUAUGGAUAUAGGAAGUAAAAGUAGUAGUAUAGUUUAUAAGGAGAAUAAUAAUCAAAAUUCUAAUACUCAGGAAAUGGAAAUGAUAACAUUCUAUUUAAAGGAUAAGGCAUAUAUUAAUGAAGAGAAUGCUGAUUAUUUAUAG